AUGACUAUGGAAGAACGUGUGAAGGCGGUUUCACCUAUGGUGCAUGAACAGAACGUCAAUCCCUGGAGUGUCUCUGGCGAGGUUGGGCUGGAUGGCAAGGUGGAGCCGAUCAACUACGAUAAAGUAGUCAACCAGUUCGGAACCAAGAUCAUUGAUGAUACUUCACUGGAACGGUUCGAGCGAGUUACCGGGCAUAAACCUCACCGCUUCCUCCGACGACAGAUCGUCUUCUCCCACCGUGAUCUCGAAGUAAUUCUAGACAGGUACGAGAAGAAUGAGCCGUUCUUUAUCUACACCGGCCGAGGUCCCAGCAGCGACACAAUGCACAUUGGGCAUAUGGUCUCGUUUGUGUUGACGAAGUGGUUAUCUGAUGUCUUCGAGGUGCCCCUUGUUGUGAUGCUCACGGAUGAUGAGAAGUAUCUCAUUGGCAAGGCAGGACGUGAAGUGGAAGAAUACGAACACUACUCUCGUGAGAAUGCCAGGGACAUCAUCGCGCUCGGCUUCGACCCAGACAGGACCUUCAUAUUCUCGGAUUACGCGUUUAUGGGAGGCGAUUUCUACCGAAAUAUCACCAGAAUUGCGAAGGUUUGCUUAGUCUGGCUUCGGGAUUUGUACGCUAGCUGUUGUGCUAAUGUCUUCCAGCGAAUCAACAGAGGAACGGUGGACUCUUGCUUCGGUUUCGAUUCGAGUACGAACAUUGGAAAGAUCCACUUCGCCUCCGUACAGGCAGCCUCCUCAUUUGCAAGCUCCUUCCCAUUAAUUUUUGGGUCCGAUAGACUACAGACGAGCAGGAUACCCUGCCUCAUUCCUUGCGCAAUCGACCAGGAUCCGUAUUUCCGACUGACUCGAGAUGUCGCCAGUCAAUUGAACUCCAUCUUUUUGAAUGACAACCCCAAGCAGAUCCUGAAGAAGAUCAACGAAUACGCGUUCAGUGGUGGCCAGGAAACUCUGGAAGAGCAUCGGGCGAAGGGAGGUGAUCCAGAAGUUGAUGUCAGCUAUCAAUACUUGAAAUUCUUUCUAGAGGAUGACGAAGAGCUGGAGCGGAUCCGAGAAGAUUAUAAAUCUGGAAAAAUGUCGACUGGUGAGAUAAAGCAGAAGUACAUCACCUUCAUGAAAUCGAAAUACCAACAACAUGCACUCAUACUGACUCAUACAAGGUGUGCUGGCGAGGUAUCCAAAUUCUGUCUCUCCUUCCAGGAGCGACGAUCACAGGUAACAGACGAGAUGCUCGACCGCUUCAUGACACCUCGGCCGCUCUUGUAUAAAGCCGUUUUAUCCAACACCUUGCUGCCUGAAUCGACAGAUUUCAACUCCCCAGGAAGUGUCAAGGACCCUAACUCAAGGAGUCAGGCAAAGAAGAAAGAGAAGUUACGGCUCGCCCAAGAGAAGAAAGCAGAGAAAAUUCGUGAGAAGGAGGUGAAGGCCAAGGUUCCAGGUGCUACUUCCGCCGGCGGCACCGAUACGACCGAGAGCGCAGAUCUUGGGAUGGUACCUACAAAAAGCUAA